UGCUGCAGCUCGGACUACGAUGAGGACUGGAUUGAGAACAUCGACAUUUGUGAGCACUGCAAAUACCCCAUCGAGCCCGACAGCAAGCGCCAGCUGGUGGUGGCCCUAUACAACUACGAGCCCAUGCAUGAUGGGGACCUGGGGCUGCAGAAAGGCGAGAAGCUCCGCAUCCUGGAAGA